UCCUUAUAAUUAUCACUAAGGUGUACACAGCCAGUCCAACCCUCACAUCAGACAUUGCAAGCCACAUUGCACAGUACACAUCCAGUACAACCCCAACAUCAGACCCUUCAAGCCUACUUACAGAGUACACUACAGAGACCAUAGCCAGUUCAAUAUUCACACCAGACCCUAAAAGCCUCAUUACAGAGUACACAUCCAACCCAACACUCACACCAGACCUUACAAGCCUCACUACUGAGUACAAAGCUAGUCAAAUCCUCACACCAAACCCUUCAAACCUUAGAGGAUACACAUCCAGUCCAGCCCUCGCACCAGAUCUAACAAGCCUUACUAUAGUGUACACAUCCAGUCUAACCCAUCAUAGCCUGGACCCCAUCAUAGCCCCUGGCGCAAGUCUCACUGCCUCCACUACCACUCCGGAGACUACCACGAGGUCUAUUUCAACACAGACUACAGAACCACCCAUGACCCGGGCGGCACAAACAGAGGUAAUUCCCUCUCUAGCUCUCAACACUCCUACCAUCAGCAUCUCAGCAGCCGCGCUAGCAGACGCGCUGUCUACAAAUGCUAACAGCGCCACCAACGAUCCUGAAAUAGCUACUACCACCAACCCACGACACCUGAGCCUACCUAAGGCUGCGAGGUCGGUUCCCACAGUACACAUCCUGACCAACUCUCACACCAGACCCAACAAGCCUUACUUCACAGUACACAUCAAAUCCUACUCUCACACCAGACCCUACAAGCCUCACUACAGAGUACACAUCCUGUCCAACCCUCACACUAGACCCUACAAGCCUCACUACCGAGUACACAUCCAGUUCAACUCUCACACCAGACCCUACAAGCCUCACUACCAA